UUUAAUCAAAAGUCUAUAGACAUAUCUUACUGUCCAAUAAACACCCUGCCCUCCCACCCACCCAACAACUAUCCUCUUGGGGGCAUUAGCCAUCCCACCGGUGUAGAAACAAAUUUUUUUCCUACAAUUCAAAAUACAAUGAAGUAAAUAUACAUAAAUUAAUUGAAAAAAUUUAACGUUUAUUAUAUAUACAGAAAAUUUCAAUUAUAUAAAAAAACUAUAAUUUUGUGCCGAGAGCUAGCUCCGGCACUGCACUCCACACCUCUCUCCUUAAGAAGCAUUGCCAUUUGCCUUUCACAACUUGCUUUCCUUACAACAACAGAACAGAAAAUUUUGUUAUCAAACAGAAAACCCCUAAAGCCCAGCCACGUGUCACCAAUCUAUUCUCCCUCAGACUCCUUCUUGUCCUCCAACUCUACUUAUAAUCAAACUCUGCCAAAAUCAUUUCAAAAUUUAGUGUCUCAACUAAUUCAUUUGACAUGAUAGGUAACAAAAUGUUGAGUUAAGAGAUCAUAUUCGUCCCGUCACACUUAUAUUAAGUGGGAAGAAAGGGGUUGUCACUCUUCCUUUCAGUCAACCAUUUCUGUUCAAAUCCCAUUCUUGGUCAUGCUAAAAGUCCUAAACGAAAGGCUAAAACGCCUUUGUUUUGGUCUACAGUGGCCUAUACGCCGCCGUUCAAAGACCAAAAUCAAAAUCACAAUCAAACACCUCGGAAAAUCUACUUCCAAAUCCCAUUCACAAACUGAUCCAAGCCCAAACUGGUCUGCAGCAAUUCAUCCAAGUAACAACGAAUUGGUUCAUUCCAAAUCAGCACGUACAAUACGUGUUGCCACAUUUAAUGCUGCCCUUUUUUCCAUGGCACCCGCACUACCAAAGAGUUGUACUGAUCACAGGUCUACUAGUUUUGAUUUAGAAAACGACGAAUUUUCGAAAUCUAGUAAGGUGAUUGAUUACUAUAAUUUACGAGCGAAAUCAGCAAAUGAUCAUCCUAAGAGUAUCCUCAAACAAUCUCCACUCCACCCCUCGAAAGAAACUGAUACACUACUUUUGAAGAAGCAAAAGUUUGCAAAGUCUAAGUUAAGAGUUUCGAUAAAUUUACCAGACAACGAAAUAUCUUUGAAAAAAAGUGAUAGUGAGAGGUUUUUAGGAAGUGGUAUAUGUAGAGGAAAAGCUCCAUUAAGGUCUACAGUAAGUAUGCCGCGCAUUGAUGGACAGAGUUAUAGAAUAACGCGAAGUGUUCUUGAGGUGUUGAGAGAGUUGAAUGCAGAUAUUUUGGCUUUGCAAGAUGUAAAAGCAGAGGAGGAAAAAGGUAUGAAGCCGUUAUCGGAUUUGGCUGAUGCUUUAGGGAUGCAUUAUGUUUUUGCUGAGAGUUGGGCUCCUGAAUAUGGUAAUGCUGUUAUGUCAAAGUGGCCAAUUAAGUCUUGGAAGAUUCAAAAGAUCUUCGAUGAAUCCGAUUUCAGAAAUGUUCUGAAGGCAACGAUUGAUGUUCCUCGAGUUGGAGAAUUAAAUUUCUACUGCACUCACCUAGAUCACUUGGAUGAGAAUUGGCGAAUGAAGCAGAUAAAUGCAAUAAUCCAAUCAUCUGAUAAGCCACACAUUUUGGCCGGGGGUCUAAAUUCUCUUGAUGAAACAGAUUACUCUACAGAAAGAUGGACAGAAAUUGUAAAGUAUUAUGAAGAGAUGGGAAAGCCAGUACCAAAAGUCGAGGUAAUGAAGUAUUUGAAGAGUAAAGAAUAUACUGAUGCUAAGGAUUUUGCUGGAGAAUGUGAGUCUGUUGUCAUGAUCGCGAAAGGACAGAGCGUGCAGGGAACGUGCAAGUAUGGAACUCGGGUGGAUUACGUACUCUCAUCAUCCGAUUCACCAUACAAGUUUGUUCCAGGCUCAUACUCGGUUUUCUCCUCGAAAGGAACUUCUGAUCACCACAUAGUGAAAGUUGAUGUGGUAAAAGUAGAUAAUGAUUCUCACCAAUACGUCAACAAGAAAAGGCGGGAUUCAAAACAUAAAGUAAUCAGGAUAACUCAUUCAAAUCCAAACAAGGGUAUAUGGAAAAUAGAAGACAUGAAAACAUAGGCUGAUUGUUAAUUAUUGUGGUUGAUUUAUGGCUUUAUAUAUGCUUUCUUCUGUGUUCUUUGUACAGAAAGAUCUCUUUAAGAAAUCUUUCAGAGCGGGAAAAGUGUUGUUUCCACCUCAUUGCACCUUGCUUUAGAGAAUGGAAGGUGCAAAAGGAACAGAUGACAUAAUUUAUACUAUGACAGAUCUUGUGAUUGAACAAAUAUCAAAAACAGUUUGAGAUUGACUAUAAGAGCUAAAACUGUUGUCUCA